AUGCUCCCAUUCCUGCUGGCCCUUCUUCUGCCCCCGCCCCCAGUGGGGAGGCAGGAACUUUCUGAACUCUGGUCAAAUUCCCUCAAAGACCCAGCAGAUCUGCUCCUAUCUCCCCUCUCCAGGCUUUCGCUCCAUGAGCAUAGCGGGCAGGCUGCAAUCUUUCUUUCAGGGAAAAUCAUCGGGGGCCAUGAGGUCAAGCCUCAUUCUCAUCCCUACACGGCGUUUCUUGAGUACCAUGUUUCAGAGAAAAGUUUCAUCUGUGGGGGUCUCCUCGUGCAUGAGGACUUUGUGCCGACAGCAGCUCACUGCUGGGGAAGCUCAAUCAACGUCACCCUGAGGGACCGCAACAUCUACCAGCAGGAGAGGACCCAGCAGGUCAUCCCAGAGAGAAGAGCCAUCCCCCACCCAGUCUAUGAUCAUAAUAAGUGGGUCAACGCUAUCAUGUUACUGCAGCUGAGGAGGAAGGCCUAUCUGACCGCUGCUGUGAGCCCCAUCAGGCUGCCCUAGAGGAGGAAGCUGGUGAAGCCAGGGAUGGUGUGCAGUGUGGCCGGCUGGGGGCACCUGGGCAUGAACAAUCCCGUGGCAGAGAAACUGCAGGAGGUAGACCUUGAAGUCCAAAGGGAUGAGGAAUGCAUCUCUCGCUACAAAGAUUACAACAACAACACCCAGAUAUGUGCAGGGAACCCAAGAAAGAGGAAGGGUUCUUUUUUGGGUGCCUCUGGGGGCCCCCUUGUGUGUAACGGCAUGCCCCAGGGCAUUGUCUCCUUUGGAGAAGAGAAUGGGACACCUCCAAAUGUCUACACCAGAGUCUCGAGCUUUCUGUCCUGGAUCCAAAAAACAAUGAGCUACUAUAAACUGCAGGGACCAGACUAA